AUGCCUGGAUACACUGCCCUCAUGUCCCACCCCAGACUCAGCCGGGUCCCAGGGCUGGGCCAGGAGGAUCUGUCUCUCUCUGCAGCUGUCUCUGACCCUGCUCUCCCCCCACAGAUCAUCGCUUUUGACGAGCUGCACACAGACUUCAAGAGUCCCAUUGACCAGGGGAACCCGGCGAGGGCACGAGAGCGAUUGAAAAACAUUGAGCGGAUUUGCUGCCUCCUGAGAAAGCUCGUGGUCCCUGAAUACUCUAUCCAUGGGCUCUUCUGCCUCAUGUUCCUGUGUGCAGCCGAGUGGGUCACCCUGGGCCUCAACAUCCCUCUGCUCUUUUACCACCUCUGGAGGUACUUCCACCGCCCGGCAGACGGGUCCGAGGUGAUGUACGAUGCUGUCUCCAUCAUGAACGCCGACAUCCUCAACUACUGCCAGAAGGAGUCGUGGUGCAAACUAGCCUUCUAUCUGCUGUCCUUCUUCUACUACUUGUACAGUAUGGUUUAUACUUUGGUGAGUUUCUAAGAGGACUGAGUGGGGGCCCCACAAUUAUCUCAGUGGCUGCUCCCGGACUCCUGGGUUCACCCCCAACCAGCUGUUUCUAGGAGAGCGCAAGAGAUGCUGGGAACACAGGGGGGCCCUGAAACUCCAACACCCCCAUGGAUUUGAGGCUCUGCCCCAUCGCUGGACGACUCGCAGGAUCAGACGUUGGGCCUCCCCAUAUUAGGGCCGCCCCGCGUUUUGAGUGACUCACUAAACCCUGCUGCCCCUCAUUUCUGCAGCGCCCAUGAGGAGGGGAGCAUCUGCCUCCCAGAUGUACCCUCCCCACCUGUGAGAUGGGGGCCAG